CUUUUGCUCUGCUUCUUCUGCACAUAUAUAGUCAGAAGACUCAGAAUACACGCACAUCAGCCAUUCCUCUGCCUCGUCUCUCUCAUCUAACCACCUUCUGCUCCGCCGUCCACCGCCGCGGCUCCUCUUCUCCUUCCCUCACCUUAGGGUUUCUCCUUCUCCCCUCAUCUUCCGAUCAUCUGUUCAUAAUCUGUUCACGCAUGUACGUAGUACAUCGAUAGAUUGCAGGGUCUUUUUGUGGUACGGGAGUGUAUAUCUUCGUAUGAAUCUGUAGAAAGAAGGGUUUCGUUUUCCGUUGUCCUUCUUCUUCAAUGGCGACGGCACCGGUGAAACCGCUCCAUAACUUCCCCGUCUCGCUAAAAUGGGGCAAAACCGCAACGCUCGCCGCCGGUGGAAGCAACAGCACCGGUCGUCCUGCUCCGCCCCCGCUACCCAACGAAUCGGAGACGGAUUCCGAUCCCGAUGCUUUCCGACGGCCGCACCGUCGGCCACCUCCACCGCCUGCUGGUGCUGCCGUGACCUCUCAUCGGGUCGGAUCCCGGUCCGCCCGGCAGCAGCGGUUCUCCUUCAGCUCGUGCUCGAGCAUACUCCAGAAGCAGCAGAUGACGACGGCGACGAUGGUCGAGAAGGAAGCGGCGGCGACGGCGGAAGAGCAGCUGCGGAAGGGAGUCGUCGCGGUUCCGGAGCGCAACAAGGAAGUGGAAACUGGCGGUGGAGGAGGAGGAGGAGGAGAGGCGGAAGAAGUAGAAGAGGAAGGGAAUCAUCAGAGGCCAUGGAAAUUGAGGCCGAGAAGGGGCCUCUAUUGCUCCUCCGUCGGUGGCGGCGGAGGUGGUGACCCGAUGAUGCAGCAAUCGAAGGACAAACCGCAGCAACAAACACCGGCGAAAUCGAUGCGACUGAGAGGAUUGGCGGAGGAUGUUGGCGGCGGCAACGGAGGAGGAGGAGGAGUGUCUUUUGAGAAGAAGGAGAAGAGGAAGUUCUGGAUUGCUCUGUCCAAGGAAGAGAUUGAGGAGGAUGUGUUUAUCUUGACCGGUUCCAGACCCUCCCGCCGGCCAAGGAAACGCCCCAAGAACGUCCAAAAAUCGGUUGAUAACAUCUUUCCUGGUUUGUGGUUGGUGGGAGCCACAGUGGAUUCGUACAGAAUUCCAGAGAGCCCGAUUAAGGUCUAGGUAGAGAUACACAGAGGUUACAGGUCGUUGUUUUUGGGAGAGAGCUCUUUGGAGGUUAGAGAGGAGUUGCUUGCUAUGCUGCUCUCCAUGGCAGAUUUUGUGUAAAAAGAGGGUGCUAAAGAAAACUAGUCUCUUUGAUGCAUAGUGAAUUAUUAGCUAUAGUUUGAUAUGCCAUUUUGUGCGGCUCCCUUUGCCAUGCGAUGCAGAGCGGAGUGGACAGAGGUUUAUAGUCUUUUGCAGUGAUAGUAUAUUACAAUGUCGGACAGAAUAUACAGGGAAAGGAAAAAUGGAUGCACAGGUGAAAGUUAAUGGCUUUUCUUUUCGUUUAGUUCUUCAGCAAAUGGGGAAUUGUUGUGUUUUCAGCUUGCUGAAUAUUUAUGUUUACUUGCUUGGAGAUAUUGGCUGAUGAUGCCUUACCCUGGGUUCUUCUAAUGUUCUGGAAGACUUGUUAUUCAGUUCAGCUUAUCUGACAUUUUAGGGAGCAAGUAAUACCUCUCCAGUUGUUGAGCUGUUUAGUAGAUUUUCGAGUGUAGUGAUGUUUUCUUACAAGGGGUUUGUAGGAUAUUGCUCUCUUAUUCGCCGUGCUCAUUUCGCAUUAUCAGUCUGCAAUAGUACCCUUUCUUCUUGCUUCUCAGUCGUCUUGCUAUAAGUUAUAGUGAGGGUAGGAAGAAGAGGUACAAAUUUGCUCAUUUUACUAAAGUGUCUAGAUAGCACAGACUAGUAUUCAAAACAUCACAACCUAGUAUCCAGAUAGGAGAUACCAACUAAUAUCUACAAACAACCAACUAGUAUUCAAUAUGGAUACUCUUAUGUGUUAUCUGGAUACUUUUAUGUGUCAUCUCGAUACUAAUUAUGU